AUGAUUUUGGUCGCCCAGAACCAUGUUCCAAAAAUUAGCUGGCCUCCGGAAGCGGUGAACAAACUUCUUGAAUUUGUUGAUGAGAAUAAAGGCGAGGAUGGGGUUCUGAUCCGAGGUGCCGUGAUGACCUUCAGUUCAUGGGCAGAACGACUCCGUGAGCAGUAUGCUCAGGUCCCAGCUUUCGGCCGUCGUCUUCAGGCCAAGAACGUCGAAAGCAAGCUCAAGUCGCUCUGGACAACGUACAAGGCUGGAAAGUAUGGCAAGAAAGCCCCACUCAAACACUUCUACAUGCUCGGCACUGGAGCUCUGGACAUGGAGAAACUCAAAAAACAGCAAGAAAAGUAUCUCAUAUCGCAAGAAGAUAGUAUUUAUGUCGAAGGCUUAUCAGGCAUAAUCCAGCAACGACCUGUCGGUCAGGCAUGCGUGCUUAAGUCAUUAAUUGGCUACACUGUGAAUCUUUGGUGUUUAUAUCCAACACUAGAGCACAAGGGCUUUUUUAAAGACCUCAAGGACCCUGAACUAGACGACUUCAUAGACCAGUUGUAUGGGCCAAAUAUUCUGAGCAUUGUGCCGCCCGGGCGCCGCGCGAAUCCCGUCUGGGCUCUCGAAAAGCUGCAUGCGACGAGAGUCAGCGAAUCGCGUCGAAUGGCGAAUGAGAUGGUGCAGUACCUACCCUUUUUCGUUCCCGAUAUGUCCACUGCCGUGUGGGACACACUCAUGGGCGAGGCUUUGAUCUCUCUUCCGUUGACUACUGGUCCUACUGAGGAAUACCGCCGCCAGUUUACAUGGGCAGAUCUGUCUGACGCCGCCGUCAAAAUCGCCGGAAGUAGGCUCAAACGUCUUCUGGAGAGCUUAUAUCGUGAUGCUCUAGACUUCAGAUUUGAAACUUACAUGGAUAACUCCGUGGAAUAUAAGUUCAAUUUCCCAACAUUCACGGAUGUGUACCAGAAUGAACAGCACAUUGCGGCAACGACUGACGAGGAAUUCCCACAUGGCCACGUGCUGUUGGGAUAUUGGCCAAUGAUCAGAAAAAGAUAUCGUGAUAAACCUGGGCCCUUCGAAGGCGAGUGGAAAAAGCAUUCCGAUGGAGUGGCGAUUUUCAUGGACCCGUCGACAAAGGACCUUCCCCAAGGCGCCUUCAACCAUGGCUAG